UUCACUGUAACACAUACAAUAUAAUAAAACAUAAAGUAUGCACUUUUAAAAGAUAUAUUAUUUUUUCAGGCAAACAUAUUUAAUGAUCUCUGUUAAAAUAAAAAAUAUAAAUGUAUUUUUUUUUGUUCACUAAUACGAGAAGUAGCGCAUUGAGUACAUAAAUAAUGUAUAAUUCACAUAAAAUAAACUAAAUGGUAUACAUUGAACAGUAAUACACUAUUUAGUAUGGAUUUAAGUUAUUUUCAUAAUAUUUUGUGCAAAGUAAAAAUAUAAUUUGUCACAUUCCAAGAAAUUGUGUAACAAACUUGGUAACUCCCUAACCACGAACACCAUUAUUAUUAUCUAGUCCGUGUCCCUAACUACACAGGGUCAUAGGUACCUAUAUAAAAAAAAAUGUUUUACUUAAUUUGUAAAUACCUACUGUUAAAAGAUAAAUAUUAUCUUUUAAAUCUUAAAGAUGACUUGCGAAUGACUGAGGUGAAGAUACUUUAGGCCUCUGAUUACUUCAAUGAUGCCCCUAAUCCUAAUAAUGAUAGCGGAUUUAUGAAAAAAACUGUACAAUAAUAUGUUUUUAGACGGGUACGAUCAAUAUUCAAUUGAUCACGAGACACAAAUUAAUAAUUAAUCUACAAAAGGUACCAGUGUACCACCAAUCGGCCACCACCCAAUAAUCCACAUUACACGUUAUAAUAUGAUUAUAAUAUAUAUUACAGAACAAGACAAUUAUUUUACAGUGGAUUUGGAUUAAAAUAUUAAAUAAAUAUUUGGAAUGUUGUCGUUUUACUGUACUGUUCUAUUUAUAAGUACAGUUUUGGUUUUUACAUAAAAAUGAUAAGUGACGUUGGGUUAUUAAAAAUGUUCAAAUAUAUCAUAUCUAUUAUUUUAUGUUAACUGUAAAAUACCAACUGGCUACUAUAUAUAGGUAUUAAUAAGACGUCUUAUUAUUAAACUAAAAAUUUAAUUUCGUGAAAUCGUUAGUAGUCUCAUGCUCUAUGCUGUCCCCUUUUUUUUAUUUCUUUUACAGUUAUACUUAUACGUUAUCUAUUGUCGUUGUGUCUGAUUCAAAUCUAUAAUAAAUUGAAUUUAAAUUAAUUUUAUCAAAUAAUUUUAAGUAACUCAAGUAGUGUUUAAGUCUGUAAUGGGUAGUUAAUGAUUGAAAUUAUACUUGAUAUUUUUUUACAGUAAGUCAGUAAAAUAGUUAAUUGUUGAUUAUUAUUAUUUUGUGAGUAUGGAUUCGUAUAACAUUGUUGGUGUGCUCGGACGUGGAGCUUUCGGAGUUGUUGAAUUGGUUAGAGAUUUUAAUUUAAAAAAAUUAGCUGUGAUGAAAACCAUACAUAUAGAAUCUAUGUCAACAGAAAAUGUUAAGGAAGCUAUCAAAGAAAUUCAAAUUCUCCAAAUGUUAAAUCAUCCAAACAUCAUCAGAUAUUAUAAUAGUUUCCAAAAUAAACAAAGUUUUCAUAUUAUUAUGGAAUAUGCAAUACACGGAACACUAGAAAACUUUGUUAAUAAAUAUUCUCAAAAUUCAAAUUAUAUUGCCCAAAAUUGUGUAUUAAAUAUAUUUAGUCAACUUACAAUGGCUGUGGAUUACAUCCACAAAAUGAAGAUUAUGCAUAGUGAUAUUAAUCCAAUGAAUAUAUUAUUAACCGGUAAUCAAGGUACAAUAGUAAAACUUGGUGAUUUUGGUUCUUCUCGCAUAUUAACCAGUGACAAAAUUAAUGGUGAAAAUUGGUGUACACCAUGUUAUAUGUCUCCUGAACAAUGUUGUGGGAAACCUCUAAGAUUAAAAAGUGAUAUAUGGCAAAUUGGUUGUGUGUUAUACUAUUUGAUUACUUCAAAACAUCCUUUUUAUGCCGAGAGUUUAGCAGAUACUAUAUCAAGCAUUGUAGAAGGAGUGUUAAGUCUUACAGAAAAAAUUACUUUUUACGACAACGAUGUGAUAAGGCUUUUGUACGAGUUAUUAAAUCGUGAUCCAACAGUUCGACCUAAUGCAUCUGCUAUACUUUCAAAUCCAUAUAUUCUACCCUAUGUAUUAAACAGCAAUGGUCAUUGGUUUAAAUCUGGUAGGAAAGUCUCAAACAAAAAUUAUUAAAUGUAUUCACAGACACAAUUUUUUGUUAUUUAAAUAUAUAAAUAACUAAUAAGUAAGAAGUAAAUUUUAUUAUCAUUAUUAUUAUUAUUAUUCUGUUAAAACAAAACACAUUGAUUUUUUUUCUUUUUUUACGACAUGGUUGAAAAGCUAACAUUUAAGAAUUGAAGUUGGAUUAAUAAAAUGUUAAAUUUUGCUUCAAUAAAAAAAAAAGUAUUGUGACUUAUAAAUAAAUGUGUACAAAUUUUAUGUGCAAUUAUUUUGUUAAGCUAUUUUUUUUUUUUUUUUGUAAUUUUGUGUUUAUUGAUAAUUUAAAUAAAUUAGAAAAUAAUACUAAUUAUCUAUUUUCUAUACAGAUAUACACUUAUUAAGUAAUAUAUGAUUGAUUUAUGAACUAGAGUAAA